UCGAAUACACUUUGUAUUUGCACAAAGAUCUGUCAGUCAAGCACGAGCCUUUGCUCGACCUCUUCGACAUGGUCACUCUGGUACUAGUGGUUGUGGCGAGUUUGGCCUAUCUGUACUACGACAAGUUUGUGAACAAGCCAAAGAAACCUUUCGAGCUGGUGUCACGUAGUACUGGGAGCGAUUCCAAGACUAACUUCUCAUCCGGAGAUUCCUUCGUGGACAAGAUCAAAGACGAAGGGAUCAAUCUGCUGAUACUGUAUGGGUCGCAGACCGGUACGGCCGAGGACUUCGCGGCACGUCUAAGCACAGAAGCGACUCUGUAUGGACUCAAGGCACUCCCGUACGACAUGGAAGACUGUGAAGCAGCUGAUUUGGAGCGCAUGAAGGAAUGUGAGAAUGCGGCGAUUGUGCUAUGCCUGGCGACCUACGGAGAAGGAGAUCCCACGGACAAUGCCAUAGACUUCCACCAAUGGCUCAAGGACGAUGGGGAGGGUGUGUCUCUGGAGGGUGUGAACUACACAGUGUUUGCACUCGGGAACAGCACGUACGAGCACUACCAGGCGGUAGGUCGACUGGCCGAUAAGGUGCUGAAGCGCCUGGGCGCCACUCAGGUGUGUGCGCGAGGCGAAGGUGACGAUGACAAGAACAUUGAGGAGGAUUUUAUCAAGUGGAAGAAGGGGAUGUUUAGGUCCAUGUGCAAGCAAUUCAACAUGGAGGUCCCCGAGGGCGUUGAGAAUGCCGUAGCUGCCAGACAGUACAAGCUGACUGAAGUGAACACUGCCGAGAAGAAGGUUCGCGUGUACGAGGGCGAGAUGGGACGACACAGAUCGAUUCCUUUUCCCCGUACGUUUGUACCGGAUUCCAAGAACCCCCAGAUGGUACGUGUGAAGGUCAAUCGUGAGCUGUACAAGGACAAGACACGCUCAUGCCGACACGUGGAGCUGGAUAUCAGCGGCACUAAGAUCAAGUACUAUGCUGGCGACCAUGUGGGCAUCUAUCCUACUAACAACACUGAUUUGGUACUGGAAAUGGGGCGCUUGCUGCAGGUGAAUCUGGAUGCUGUGCUCAAACUGGAGCCAACAGAGGCGAAUGCAUCCAAGCGUGUGCCAUUCCCUUCUCCGUGUACGUACAGAGCGGCUUUUGCGCAUUAUCUGGACAUUAAUCAGCACCCCAAGCCACACCAGUUGAGACAAAUGGCACAGUAUGCUGAGGGCCAGGACAAAGAGUUCCUGCUGCACCUUGCCUCGGAAAAGGGGGCUGAGGAGUACAACAAAUGGGUGCUCACAGAGUGCCGUACAUAUGCAGAGGUCAUCAAGAGCCUAAACACACUCAAUCCACCAGCCGAUCUUAUCAUUGAGAUCAUGCCUCGGUUGCAACCACGCUACUACUCCAUAUCCUCAUCGAAUAAGGCGCACCCGGAUAGCAUCCACGUCACCGCCGUUGUAGUCGAGUACGACACCCCCACUGGAAGAAGUGUUCAGGGCGUGUGCACAUCCUACCUACAGAACAUCAGCUGCGACGAUAGCUACGAUCUGCCAGAAGUGCCAAUCUUUGUGCGUCACUCCACAUUCCGAUUGCCAAAGAGUAUCAGCACUCCCAUUGUGAUGAUCGGUCCGGGUACCGGUUUGGCCCCUUUCCGAGGUUUCUUACAGGACCGCGAGCAGGAUAUGCUGAAGUUGGAAGGGGACGACAAACUUGGCAAAUCAAUGUUAUUCUAUGGUUGCCGGAAUCGCAACGAAGACUAUCUGUACCAGGAAGAGCUGGAAGCGUUCAACGCCAGCGGUGUCGUGGAUGACCUACAAGUGGCAUUCUCGCGCGAGUCUGCUGAGAAGGUGUAUGUCUCACACUUGAUGAAGCAACACAAGAAGCAGAUCUGGGAUAUGCUUGACCAGAAAGGGCACAUCUACGUUUGUGGUGAUGCGAGAAAUAUGGCUAAGGAUGUCCAUCAGAUUCUGCAUGACCUGAUUGUCGAACAUGGAGGCCACUCCUUCGAAGGAGCGGAGAAGUAUAUCCGGGAUCUUCAAAGUAGAGGCAGAUAUGCGCAGGAUGUAUGGUCAUAA